GAGGGCCUGGAGGGCUUGGGGGGGCAGCUGGGCUGGGCUGUCAGCUUGAGCAGGGUUCCAGAAAAUACCCCCUGCCUUUGUUCUGGGUGGUUUUGGUGGUUUGUGUGGGAUUUGCCUCUGGAAAUUGUGCUUUUGGGAUAUCGGGUUGAUAAAGUCCUGCCACCCCCGGGGUCACACACCGGGGACUUUGCACGGCGGAGCUACUCAGUAUUUUACUGUAAAACCUGCAUGUCUCUCCUAGACAAGGAAAAUUGAGAGGAUUCAUAUUUUUCUGAGGGGAGGAUAAACAAAUUGAAGACUUUAAUCUACCCUGGCUCAUCCCUGGCAUAAAACCUACCCGAAAUCAGCUGAGUCACGCAGGCCCAGCAGCCAGCUGGGUGGGGGCAGGUUUUAGAUAAACAUUUUGCUAUCGAGGCCUGUCCAGACUUUGUUUAUUCACAUCCCUCCCACCCUGAGCCGCCCACUCUGCAAUUUGGAGGGGGCCCGAUCCUGCCAAGAGCAGCGACUUAAUUUCCUGGAUGCGCGUUUUGGAAGACACUUAGCAGGAGAUGGCCCCUGGAGGAAGUGCCGAAGUCUGAGAGGAGCUGGGUUAGCCCUGUGGCUCUGCUGCAGCCUGGUCACCUCCUCACCUGUCCCCAGCCCGACAGGACCCAGCAGCUCUUCCUUAGCCCAGUCCAAAUCCUCUGGAAAACAACAGGAAAACAGUGCACUGGCCCUGGCACCUUGGGAUCAGGAUCAAAACCCCUGUGCUGAUUUUAGCAAGAACGGCAUUUCUUGGGGUUUAUGCAGAAAACAAAAGAGCAAAUCUCCCCAGGGCACUGCUCCUGGUCAGAGUGCUUCACCCCGGCAAUGCUCCAGGGUGUGUCAGGGGAAUCCAAACAUCCCUCCAGGAGAGCCUGGCCUGGCUGAAUGUGGCAGGGGAAUGUGGAACCUGGCAGACUCAGAAGGGGCAGGCCCUGGGCUCCCCCACAGUCUGGACAUCCCUGACCUGAGCUUUUGUUGUUUUUAGAGCCUACAGCAGAACCUGCAGCAACAAAUGUUGUGUUCCAAGCCCGUUUCACUGCUCUUUAUGGACGUGGCUGAAAGCAGGAACGGGCUGAUCCUGUUUGGCCCCCGCUCCCCACCCACAGCACUGCAUCGGGCUGGUCCUGUCAUGUCUGAGGGGACAACACCUGGGUGGGCCUCACACGGCAUGGAUGAGCUUUAGGGUCCUUCCAGAGCAAACCAUUCUGAGAUUCUGUCUUAGAAUAUCUUGAAUAGGAAAGGACCAACCAGCCACAACAGUUGAAGUCCAGCUCAGAAGUUGGACUCCAAAGUCCAGCUAUGAUUCCUCCUGCUCCGCAAGGCACAAAUAAAUCAAAGAGGUCAAGUUCUGUUACAGGAGGACAAUAAUGGGGUUAAUGCAGAUGUUGGCUGCAGAGCCUGAGCAUCCUCUGAGCAGCUCCAGCACAGCUCCCACGGUGCAAGGACACCCAAGCCGCUGGGCAGGGCAGGGGCUGCAGGGUUUGCUGGGGGCAAACCCCUCUGUGUGGCUCUGCCACAGGCUGUAUGUCAGCCUGAACAUUCAUCACUUCACUGGUGCCAGGCAGAGCCCAGCAUUCAAAGAGCUGAGGCACAAGGCUCACUGGCCCACAGGUCACAGCCCUGAGCCCCUGCCCAUGGUCAGUGGUGAUGGACCAUUGCUGGGGCUCCUGCAGCCCUUUACCCGCAGGGGGCCCGUGCUGGAAGGUGAAAGAACUGCCCUCACAGACGGGAAGGGAUAAAGCUCUGGAGCUCAGGAUAACCAGAGGCCCCUUCUCGGGUGCCACGCCCUGGCCAUGCCCCCCUGCUCCCCGCUGGGGACCCCUGCCCGUGCCAGCCAAUGGCCCCGCUGCAGGGCCCGGGGAGGGGCUGCGGGCAGGGGAUAAAAGCCCCGGCGGGGCCUGGGCUCAGCUACGGGGUCUGUGUCCUCCUGCAGCCCAGCCCAGCCGCCGCCACCAUGGUGCACUGGUCAGCCGAGGAGAAGCAGCUCAUCGCCAGCAUCUGGGGCAAGGUCAGCGUGGAGGAAUGCGGCGCCGAGGCCCUGGCCAGGCUGCUGAUCGUCUACCCCUGGACCCAGAGGUUCUUCUCUAACUUCGGGAACCUGUCCAGCCCCACGGCCAUCAUCGGCAACCCCAAGGUGCGUGCCCACGGCAAGAAGGUGCUCACCUCCUUCGGGGAAGCCAUCAAGAACCUGGACAACAUCAAGGGCACCUACUCCAAGCUGUCUGAGCUGCACUGCGACAAGCUGCACGUGGACCCCGAGAACUUCAGGCUCCUUGGAGACAUCCUCAUCAUCGUCCUGGCUUCCCACUUCGGCAAGGAUUUCACCCCUGCGUGCCAGUUCGCCUGGCAGAAGCUCGUCAGUGUCGUGGCUCACGCUCUGGCCCGCAAGUACCACUGAACAGCCCGGGAAGAGCAGGAGCCCCGGCGCACUGCCAGCCCCUGGGCACGGGGAGCGGCCCACUGGGAGCCCCUGACCACAAAUAAACCCUCCAGCGGCUCA